GCUUUAUUGAGUUAACAUAAAAUUAACAAAGAGGGUGAAAUAAUAAUGUCAGAUAACUUUAAAGUCAACCUUGAAUGACUUGCACUUAACCAGAGGAACAAGAAUAAGGAUACAAAAACCACUGGGGUCAAGAAGAAGCAGGGAAAGAUCAAAAUACUUCCCAAAAACCCUAAUAUGUUCAAUAACCAUAAAACUCACAGCAAGAAAAUAAAAUCUAUCCUAGGUAAGGAGAGGUGUAAUUUUUAAUAGAUUUCGCGAAGAAGAAUCGAAAUGUAAUCUUAUUAUAAUUUUUAGAGUUUUGGUGAAAUUCCGCCUGCGCAUCAGAGUCUUCAAGAGAUACGGAGUAAAUCAUUUUUCAUCAAAACUGCCCCAAAUUGAUCCGAGUUUAAAGAAAAAGCUAAGCAAAAGUACUGAGAAGGCUAGGUUUGAGACUCUGAAUCCUUUUCAAAUCAAGAACUCUAACUUGAGAGUGAUCUUAAAUAAACUAAAAGAAACUAGCGAUCUCCAUAAUAGCUUUAUCACAAAGGUUAUCAAUAAACCAAGCAUUGCAAGUGAUAUUGUAACUGCCGAUAUCGGCUAUGAUCCUCGUCAAAAUGUCAAAAUUUUAGAAAUCCUUUACGAGAAAUUCCUACAAGCUAAACAGAUCUUGAAAGGAGAGGCUCCCAAACCCAAGAUCACCACCACCCCUCUUCCUGACCGCCCUCGAACUCAGACUGAACACCUCCUUAAUAAAUCUCUGCAGAAGCCACCCACCAACGGUAAGCUAGGAAUAUGGUUUACAGGCACAGGAAUAAAAUUUGACCGAGGUUUAAGAUUUUUCUGAUUUUUGGAAUUUUUAAUUGGGGAUUUUAGGAAGGAAAGGAAGGAAGUCGGAUUUGGAAGGAAUUUUGGAGCAGAAGGAGGUGGACCAGGUACGGAAGGAGAUAAAGGAAGGGGUGAAGGAAGAAGACCUGCAUGAGCUCAUUUCUACAUGAAUGCGAGAAAAGGAGUUGAUAACCUGAAAACCGUUGACUAUCAGAAAGGCUUGGUCUCUAAAUUAAAGAAAGAAAGAGAUGAAUACAAUCAAAGUAUUGUUGAGAUACUUCAUCAACAGAUUAGUAAGAAGACAUUUGAAAAUUUCCAUUGUUGUCUUGAAUAUUUUGGAGGGUUCUCAUUGAAGAACUAUAAUCUUGCCACUGCCCAUGUUAUCAUGGUAGAGCUCAUUAGAGAGCUAUCUCUAGAAUGAAAGGAGAGAGGAGACUUUUUUGCCAAAAUAAUAGAAGCUCAUAAACUGGAACUUCUUUCACUUGUAAAAGAUCUAGUUGAUACUUAUGAUGACAAGUUACACAAAUUAUCAGCUGAUUUUAAGGAUGCAAUUGAAAGAUGAGACGAACUCGAGCGCAUCAACGCCAAUCAUUUAAACACUAUCAUUGACCAAAAUGCUAAGAUUCUCAUAUCGGAUGAGAAGCUAACUGCCACUCAAGAUGUGCUUAAAUAAGGAGGCUCAACACUCUGUUUUACUAGAGGAGAGAUGGAAAGAUCACAAUCAAAUUCUAUCAAAUUUCCUAUCCAAUUUUGAAAAAUCAUCUGAUAAGCAGAAAUUUAUUUAUACAGAUAUCCAGAGCGAAGAAGCCAAAAUCACUCCCAAUAAAGAAAGAGCAGUCAUGAGUGAAAUGAGUCAAAAAUCUCUAGAAAUCAUGAAGAAUAUAAUCAAAUGUCUCAGGCAAAAGACUCCUAAAGAAGAAGAGUUUGAGAGAGUCCGUAUCGAAAACAAGAAAUUUAGCGAACAAAUUGCGAAAAAUCUCCUUGAAUUGAAAUCAAAAGACGAGAUUAUUCAUACUUCCAAUGCGACAGUUGAGAAGCUUGAUUCUGAAAACGAGGAAUUGAGAGAUAAGUGGCAAGAACUUAGAGAAACCUGCUCUAAGCAAAAGCUUGAGAUCAAGAAACUCAGAAAAGAGAUUUAUAACUUACAAAACAAGCCAGUCGUCAGUGAGGGAAUUCAAUGCAAUAUUUUAAAGAAAGAGGACGCUGAUGCCUGUGAGCAUGAUACUCAGUUCGAAGAUUUAGGAAUAUAUUCACAUAAUAAAAGGUUUACACUGAGGAAGCCCAUAAAGAAGAAAGCUUUUUCAAAUGCUGAGAAACAUUUGGCUAAGCUAAGAUCAGCAAUUAAGAUGAUGAGCAUUGUGAAGCAGAAUCCUAAAACUAUAAAUAAGCCUAAAAUUGACCCAGAAGAUCCUAGACAGAUCUAUAACAAGAUUAAGGUGAUGAAAGAGGAACAGAUGAAGGGAAAGAAAGAUUUUAAGUCAAUGGAAGUUAGAGGAUCCAAGAAAUGUCUUGAAAUAAUAGCUAACUUUAUACAAGGUGUUGCUGAGAAUACAGAGUUUGAAGUCUCAGUUCCCAAAUUAUUCUAUGAAUUUGUGAACAAGAAAUUUGGAUACGACAAUAGUGUACCAAAGUACUAUGAAAACUAUCUUUAUUCUUUGAAACUGAACCAGAGGAAGGAUCAUAGGCUAGAGUUAAUGGCAAAGUUCUUAGGUCUCUCUCAAUUGAAUCUUCCGAGGCUAUGAUUCAAGCAUUAUAUAAUGCUGCUGAAUAACUCAGGGUAUAAUAUUCAAGAGAUAUAUAACAAGGAUUAUCUGAAGUUUGAGGUUCCUUUUCAUACCCUAGCAGGAUUUUGUAAAUAAGAUCUUGACUAAGAGAGAGGAUUCAAUCUAUGAACAUGCCUAUGAAUCCAUGAAGGAGUAUUGUAUAGUCAAGACAGAUGUACAGAGGAUUAAGAAUAAUUUUGAUCUUACUUUGUACCAGAUUUAUAAGGCAGUGUAUGAUAAGAUGAUCCAAACUGCAGCUCUAAGUGUCAAUCAAUUUUUUAAGAUCCCUUUUGACAACCAGCCCGAGAUCGAACUGGACAAAUUAGUGAUAUUUCUCAAGAAUAAGCUUGAACUGCCUUAUAAAAAACAGCAGAUCAGUGAGAUGGUCAGUCUUUUCUACACAUCAGAAGACUCAACUAAAGAAGUCAUAAAGCUGAAGGACAUAACACAUAUCUACUGAGAGCUGGUAGAGGUGACUAUUCCUUUCUACAAUUAUAUUAAAAUUGGCAUAAAUGCCUCUAUUGAGUUAGACAACUCAGUAAAUAUUUCCUUAGAAAGGAUCUACAACCAUUAUUCUCACCCUGUUGGUGAGGAGAAGAAUGGGCAUAAUAUCUGGGGUAUCGGCAGACUCGGCUGGAGCAACAUCACGAAAGAUGCCCUUUGAAGAAUAAAUGAUAUCAACCUUGAAGUAAUGUUUAAUGAGAAAAUCAAGGAAAAUAAGAAGAAAUAUCUUGAUAUUGACGCUUUUGUGGAACUUGUGAAGGAGGAAAAUAUUAUCAAAGAUGUUGCUUAUUUUGAUAGGAAAACUACAGUAGACCUUCCUAAGAUUGCUCUCGGUCCUAAUUUUGAUAUAAUAAAUGAGACAAAAAGUAAUGGCUCUAGGAACUCAGUAUCGAGUAAGAAGUCGUUGAAUUUGAGUAAAAAGUCCUCAGUUUCUUCAAUCUCUCAAAAGACCCUAGAUAAAAAGCGAGCUUCUAGGGUUGUCUACAAGAAGGUCGGUGGGUUUGCAAAAUCUAAGAAAAGAAAAGCUCUUGAACUUGAAGAAGAUCUCUAAUUUCCUUUUAGUUUUAAAUUGUAUAAAAA